AUGGCUCCUGUUUUCUCAAGAGAUGCAUGGCGUUGUGUUUGGUAUAUGAUUCAGGGCGAUCGAACAAAAACCGUUGGUGUUGUGGAUGCUGAAUACAUUAUCCACUACAAUCGUCCGACUCUCGGAGGAGUAGAUAAGAAUGUGAUCAGAAAAGAACUGAAACUUAGCUGUGACUUGCAGGUUACAUCUCAGGAAAAGGAUCACAGAGUUGAUGUGAGGAGACUUUCUUACCGGGAAUUAGAUAUUUUUAAAAAACGUUGGGAAAAGGCAGUUAAGGAGGAUGAAUGUUGGGUGGAUCCAUUUUCACCGUCAGUGUAA